AUGCCCAAGAAAGCACAAAGUAAACGCACUUCACUGCAUAAGAAGUAUAAGAUCCAGAGAAAGGUCAAUGAGCAUCAUCGUAAGCUAAGAAAGGCCCAGAAGUUGGCACCAUCUGUCAAUAAGACCAAGAAGGACCCAGGUGUACCAAACCUUUACCCAUUCAAGGAGGACUUGCUUAAUAGGAUCGCCCAACAAAAGGAGUUGAUCGCUGCUGAGAAGAAGGCAAAGAAGGAGCAGAGGAGAGCACAGACAAAGGCUGAUCAGAUGGCCGAGAUGGUGAAGGAUGUAAACAAGCGUGAGAAGGACUUUAACCGCAAACAGAAGGAUCAGGAGGCUGAUCAGGAGGACGAAGUCAUGCACUCGGCUCGUGGUGAGCGCGACAACUCGCUCAGAUCAUUCUAUCGCGAGGUCAAGAAGGUCAUUGAAGCUGGUGAUGUCAUCCUCGAGGUGCUCGACGCUCGUGAUCCCAUGGGAUGUCGUUGUCUCGAGAUCGAGAAGAUGAUCCUCGAGCGUUACCCAAACAAGAAGAUUGUCUUUAUCCUCAACAAGAUUGAUCUUGUUCCAAAGGAGAAUGUAUUGAUGUGGCUCAAGUACUUGAGGAACUUCUUCCCAACAUUGGCCUUUAAGUGUUCAACUCAACAACAGAAGCGUAACUUGGGUCAUUCGAACGUGGCCCCAACAGCCGCCAACGAGAAGUUGCUCGAUGGCUCAGAGUGUCUGGGAGGCGAAGCCCUGCUGCAGCUGCUCAAGAACUACAGUAGAUCAUUGAACAUCAAGACCAGUGUUGCCGUCGGCAUCAUUGGCUACCCCAACGUCGGCAAGAGCAGUUUGAUCAACAGUUUGAAGCGCGCUCGUUCCGUCAGUGUGGCGCCCACACCCGGCCACACCAAGGUCGCCCAAGAGGUCCAUCUGGACAAGAACGUCAAGCUGCUCGACUCGCCGGGUAUCGUGCCCAUCCGUGGCGAGAUCGAUGCCAACGUCAUCCUGCGUAACGUCGUCAAGGUCGAGAAGAUUGAGGACCCCAUCGGACCAGUCGACGCCAUCAUCGAGCGCUGCAGCAAGGAGCAACUGCUCAGAAUAUACAAGAUCGCCUCGUUCAAGACCACCACCGAGUUCCUGACGCUGAUCGCCGAGAAGCGUGGCAAGGUUGUCCGUGGAGGUAUUGCCGACCUCAACUCGGCCGCCCUGUCUGUGAUUCGCGAUUGGACUGGAGGCAAGAUCCCCUUCCACACCCUGCCGCCCAAGGACUCAUUCAACAUUGCCUCCAAGAUCGUUGACUCCUUUGCCAAGGAGUUCAACAUUGACCAGUCCAGCGAGCUCGACACCCUGUCAAGCAACCACGACAUGAGUGCCUCCGUGGCAUCCACCGCCCAACAGAGCUAUAUCGACACCUCCAUGUUUGACGACGACGAGGAGGACGAGGAGGACGACGAGGAGGAGAUGGAGGAGGACGAUAUGGAGGACGAGGACGAAGAGGAAGACGACAACGAGGAUGAUGGCGAGGAGGAGUUAGAGGACGACGAUGAGAUGGAUGAUGACACUACCGCUCAGCUGAUAGCGCUACAGAAGCAGGCACAGAUGAAGCCAAAGGAGCUGCAGCAGGCAGCCAUGAAGGGCAAGAAGCAGAACCUGAGGGACGAGAACGAUCAGUUCAAUCCACAGACCAACAAACAGAUCAAGAAGCAGAUGAAGAAGCAGAAGAAGAAGUUUGGCACUAUCUCGGACGCCUCUGAGGACUACUCCUUCGAGACCGACUUUUACGGCAACCUUGGCGACGAUGCUGAUAUUGUUGACGACGAGGACGACAUUGAUGAAGAGGCUGUCUUUUAA